CUACUCUCCAUUUCUUUUGUAUAGGGAGAAUAAAGUGAGCGAGUGAGUGAUUCUGAAACCUUACAAAGAAGAGAUUCACGUUGUUACGAAUUUGACCGGCGGCGAAUCGUAGAAAAAAUGGAUCAUGAAUGACGAAGAUAUGCGACUCGUUACGCAUUAUGUUAAACGAAGAUAAUAUUAUUGAAAAAGAUUUAUUGUAGGACCGUUAUUGGAUAAGAUAUCCUUUUGAAUCGACGAUAUCAAAGACGGCAGGGACGAACGAUUCGAAAAAGAAACAUUUUUAUAUCAAUCGUGACAGUUCAAGUCAUGUCUACGAGAUCGAAGGAGAAAGUAGUUGCUGCCUUUCGGAAAUUAUUCCGAUCAUCGGAGAAGCUUGCUGAACAAGAAGGUGGAAGUGAUAGCUCGACAAAUUCGCCUUCCAGACGAUUACUUAAUCGUCAUCAUCAUCGGCCUGAUGCGGUCACGCCGUCUGAUGGUUCCAUGCCUGAAAAUCCAGGCAGCAGUCAUACCGCACAUGGUAGUUGCUUUUUCAAAACAAAGAAGUCUUCCAGUACUUCCUCUCAGGGUAACAUCCCAGAGAAAGUUAGAUUACGUCGUUUGAUGAAAGAACUCAGUGAGAUUCAAAGAACUCAACAUCGCCGAGAUGCAACUUUUACCGCCGAGCUCAUCAAUGACAAUCUAUUUGAGUGGCAUGUGAGACUUCACAAAAUCGACCCAGAAAGCGAGCUAGCUGCUGACAUGCGGGAACUCGAGAUACCCUAUAUACUUCUUCACGUAGUCUUUCCAGAAAAUUUUCCUUUCGCGCCACCUUUCAUGAGAGUAAUCUCGCCGAGAAUUGAAAAAGGUUUUGUCAUGGAAGGUGGGGCUAUUUGUAUGGAACUUUUAACACCUAGAGGAUGGGCCAGUGCAUACACUAUCGAAGCUGUUAUCACGCAGUUUGCUGCCAGUAUCGUUAAGGGACAGGGACGCGUUGCUAGAAAACCAAAGACCAAUAAAGAAUUCAAUCGGCGAUCCGCUGAAGAAUCUUUUCGAAAUCUCGUUAAAACUCACGAGAAAUAUGGUUGGGUUACGCCUCCACUUGCAGAAGGCUGAUUUUAAUGAUCUCAAUCGGGUAAUAAUCAUCUCAAUCAUUUAGUCGGUUCUAUUUUCAACGUUCUUACGUUGAGUUUAUUAUAUUUAUCAAAUUGUUCUAUUCAGAUCGUAGUUGUACGAUUAUCGAGUUUUCGAAGAUAUUGGAUAAGAAAUUUUUAUCGAAUGAUAUAAAAGAUCGAAGAAGUUUAGGGAAGGCCGAUUUUUCUUGUUUAUAUUUUUUCUUUUUUUUUUCAAUCGAUACGUUCGAAAUAAUUGAACAAAAUGUGUGAUGCACCAUUAUCUAUAAUUUUUUUUGAUAGAGUUUUGUUAUAAAUGUGCAUCUUUUGUAAAUAAUUUAAUGAGAGAAUAUCGUGUACAUUAUAUUGAAUUAUUAUCGUGCUGGAUCAUGAUUUGAGAAAAUCUAGCAUUUUUGAUUAUUGUGUUUUUCUUACGAAAAAUACUAUAAUCACGCAGUUAUUAUACAUAUUUAUUGGAUAAUAUAUAUUUUCCCACACUAACUUAGAACGAGCGUACGAUGUUCUUCAUAAAAGUCAAAUUAAAAUCACCGUUUUUACAUGUCGAUUUCUCUAUUUAUGUACUAGUUAUAUAGAAUGAUCGUACAAAUAUAUUUAAAAACAGAAGGAAAAAAUAUAUAUAUAUAUCUAUACAUAUAUAAAAAAAAAGAAACAUUAGAAUAUUUACGUAUAAUGUGUUAUUCGUUGAUACAUCUUUCAAAUGAAAUGUUGUUCUUUUCUUUUUUUUUUUAAUCUUUGUCGUUAGAGAGAAAGAGAAAGAAAUAUUUUCAAUUAAUUU